CAGACCAUGAAGAAGCAAGGUCGCUUGACGCCAUGUUAAAACUUCUUAAGCCAUGUUAAAACUUCUUAAGCCAUUAAAGGAAAAUAUUUGUUGUUUUUAUACGUGAAUGGAGGUUAUAUAGUACCUGAUAGUCACUGUACAAGAAUGGGAAUCAGAUAAGAAGUGCAUAGAUUCAGGUGAAAAGCAUAUUGCGGCCAACUACUGCAGUUAUUUCAACCAACAAUGGCUGAAAGUCAGGGACACUCUUCCAUGAAAGAACACGAUGACAUAUCAACAAAGUUUGAACAACUUGAGAUAGAAUCGUUAGACAGGAUGACGCAAACUGGUUAUGCGGUUAUCAAACAUGUUGAUGAUGAGCUCGAAGUACGAAAGAAGGAAUGGACCGAUACCCAACAACCAAAUACAGGAUCAAAGACGGUUAUCAAGAACUGCAACAGUGUUGUAAUUGGAGAAACCAACAUCAUCGUUCAAAAUCAAGACAACACGGUUAAGAAUAGAGAAAAAUUUGUCGAUGAUAAGACGAAGAAACUAGCCGGUAGACAUAUUGUUUCAACUAUCCUGGAAAGAGCUGGUGGAACGCUUAAAUAUUCUGAACUUAAAGAUGAGGUUGACAAAGAACUCAAAACCGAGGGUAUAGAGUUCUUUUCAAAAGUUAGCGGUUGGACAUUGCCUGAAUUCUUGACUUGGGAAAAGGACAUAUACAAAUUGCAGAAGAAAAGAAAGAAUAGAAUCCGGUCAGUAACACUCAGGGAGAUAUACAGAACGGCCCCGACAACAAAGAUGCAAUCUCGUUUAUCAGGAAACCGGACACAUCACGUAGACAAAAGCGUAAUAACAGUGGAUUCCUCCAAUGAGUGCGCAUCCGGAAUUAACCCAGAAUCCAUGCAACCUCAAGCAGAUGUGGAAGAAUGGACAGUUGUAAAACCACAGCGAUCUAGAAAAACUUCCACAAAACCUGAUUCAGAGAAGAGUAGUCAAAGUAUUCCAAACGAUGAAGCUGAUCUUUUUAUUUCAACAUUUCUUCAACAACCCUUUGCUGAUUUUGACCAAAACAUAUUUGAGAACAUAAUAUCAACGGGUGAAGACGACAGAACAAUAUUCGUGAAGUCGCUUAGCACAUAUGAGGCUAAGCCAUUUUCAUUCUGUGUUGACGUAAUAAGUUUGUGGAACACGCCUAUGAAUGGACCGUCUCAUAUUGUUGUUGGUAUCGAUACAGACUCUACUCUUCUUGGGGUGAAUAAGUGCAUUGAUGAAGACUUCUUCACAAAGCUUUUCCACCCAGAAUAUUUUACAACAAUGCCUUUUUACUCGACGGAAAAAAUCAUGUACAACUCAAAAGCGUUUUACAUAGUAAAGGUAAAUGAAAGCAAAGGUUCCGGGGUACCAUGUGUUAUAAAACGACCUCUUAUUUCUUUCAAAAGAAAUGAAAUUGUAGCAAGAAAGCUUAAACAGAACGUGGUCUACGAAGCAUCCUCAGACGAAAUACAAGAUAUUUUCCUAUGGUUUUCGCAGUUACAUAAACAAGAAAUUACUUCUGCAAAAAGUUUUGACAAAGAUAAGAAAUCCAAAGAGAUCCUUGUUGAAGCGAAAGAGACAGAAAACGAAGACGAACUAUCUGACUUUUGGAAAGAAGUUAAUGGCUUCAAAAAAGGUAACUUUCUUCUCAUAACCGGUGACGUUCAAGAAUCGCGACACUUACACAACCUUGGACUUCUUCCAUGGAUAGCAGUGUAUGAUUUCGAUAUCAACAGCCCCGAGAAUGGUAUAUUUAAUAGAUGUGAAUAUUCGUUAGGGAAAAAAAGGUGUCUAAAGGUUUGCAAUUGGAAUGACGACAUCAAUGACCCAUUUACAGAAAAUGGCACCAAGUGGUGUUUUCUUAGGGGACGCAAGGACAUAAAGGAAUCAAGAACUGACCUAAAAAACGGUGAAACUGAAGACAGCAACUUCUGGUACAAAAAGGUAAAAGAGACAAUCAAGACGAAUGCCAAAAAUAUAGCCACUUUUAUGGACUGCCGAACACUAACAGUUAUCAUUCUUUGGCCGGAGAAUGAAAAGCUCGUGAUGUUUAUGAAAGAGUUCUUAAAUAGUUUGAAGUAUGAGCUGCAAGAUUUACCUAAUGUGUUGCUUGUUAAAAGUCAAAAUAAUCCAGUAACAGAAAACGGACAUACCUGUAUGAAAGCAAUGUCAAAUGAAUUCGGUGUCACUUUUCAGUCGUUUGACAUAUCCAUCGGAGAUCUAUGUGUUCAAAUAGUUGAUAAGAUGCAAAUCGAUGAAACUAAAAACGGGUUCAGCCUUGAACUACCAUGUGCAUCGGACAGUGGAAAAUGUCACACCUGCGUAAUUCCAGAGGAGAAAGCAGCUUGGUUGGCUGAAAAUCUUGACGUUCUUUAUCUUAACGCUCCAUUUGGAAGAAGAAUUCCCGAUGAUAAAAGCCUGGAUGAAGAGCUAGCUCUGUUUCGAAAGGGUGGAACGAUAAGCUGGCCUGCAAUGUACAAUGUCAACUUCAAGAAAGCUGUUAUUGAAAGGGACGUCCAGAGCGAACUGAAGAAACAAGUUCAAGCACAUCUUUGCACCAAACCGUCAGAUGUGAGACUCUUCCACUCUCCAGGCGCCGGCGGAACAACACUAGCCAGAGAGCUAGUUUGGGAAAUGCAUUACGAUUACCCUUGCGUCCAGUUGAGAAACAGAAUAGUUAUGAAUGAUGAUGACUCUCUUGAAACGCGACUUCAAUACCUUCACGAACAGACUGGUUUGCCACUUUUGCUUCUGGUGGACUCGGACGGUUUGUCAGACGAUAUCUAUCUGAAGCAAUUGAAUGACACAGUAACACUGUAUGUGAGAAGGUAUUUUUAUCCACCUGGCAAAUCCGGAAAAGGGUUGAUCUUCCUGCCAAAUAAAGUAUCACAACGAGAGGCAACACAACUCGUCGAAAUUCUCACUCCAUUCUGUGACACAGGAAGAAAAAGGCGGCAAUUGACAAGUUUUCAAGAAAAGGCUCGAGAGGGAAAAGCCCAUUUGUAUGACUUCGGGUUGACUGUGUACCUGCAUGAAUAUCAAGGUAUCGUAAGUUACGUCAGAAAUUGCUUGAAGCUGAAGGAAUCCAGACUUCAGCCGGAUCAAAAGUGCUUGGCAUUUUUGUCUCUUGUUCAAUACUACGGCCAUUCUAGUAUUCCCUGUCAGUUUUUCGCUACCAUGUUUGGUAUGCCAACAAAUUUUGCCAUGGAUAUACACGACUUUCCUUCAACUGUAUUUGAGUUUGUGGUAAGUGAUAUGAACGCAUACAGAACUGACAACAUUCGUAUAUGCCACAACAUCAUUGCGAAGGAAAUAUUGGAGCAAACUAUGUCUGUACAUUUACAAGAAGGCAAUGCAAACAGAGGAGAUGUGCUUAGCGAUGCUGCCCGCCAGAAACUGUUUGAUUUGUGUGUAGACUUCAUAGAGUAUGCGAGUAGAAAAAACAGCACACUAACUACUUGUAUACGAGAUAUUUUGACAAGAACAUUUAUUUCAAGAGCUCAUCCCUCCAAACUUGAUGGCGAACGAACAAAGAAAAAGGUGAAGUUGUCGAGACUUUUAGAAGACAUUCCAGCGAAACCACCGCUGUUUACACAAAGAAAAGAACUGCUCAACACUCUAAAGACAUCGUUUCCUAAAAGUCCGAGUUUUCACGCUCAUCUGGGUCGGUUUUACGUGCAUUGUAGGCAUGACGAAGAACAAGAGGCCGAAAAAUAUUUCCGUGAAGCCGAACGCUUGUGCGAGGAACAAAUAAAAGCCUGUGAAUCAAAUUCAACACAGGACAGAGAUCGGAUGCGUCUAGAAGCGUCACAAGUAUACCAUAUGUUUGGCGUGAUGAAGAAAAUUUCUGUCUUGAGAAGAAAAACAAAGGUCAGCGAUAAAAAACUGAAUGAAAUCAUUCCCUGUGCAAAAGAAGCAAGUGAACUUUUCGAAAAGAGUCGGAUUAACACACCUGCAUCACAUAUCUACACGUAUGCGUUUACUGACGACAUCGAGGUCCGCCUUCUCGUUUGCGAAGUCAUCAAGACUUUUUUAGGUGAAACAUGGACAGAGAAGGUUAGAAGAAAUUUUAGACUGAAGUGUUUGAUUGAAACACAUAUGGUGACCAUCAAAAACCUUGUACAUGAAUGUUUGCGAAAUCAAUUGAUGAGCGAAGAUGAUAUGAAGUCGAUGAUGAUGUUGAACGGACGAUACAACGCCAUAUUUGGUCAUUUUAUUGAUACAAUGGAUUUUUCAGGCCGGCUGUCUCAGAAUACAUUGUUACUCUGCGAUCGAAGGCUGAAAAUAGCUGCAAUGACUGCAAGGAAUGGGAAACGGGACAUCUUUGACUAUUUGGAUGCAGAAACCAACGGCAACAAGAUAGUUGAGCUAGUAGAUAUGUACGAACAAAACUUUAGAGAAAUGUUCAGAUCAGGUUUACAAGAGGAAGAGAAAAUGGUACUUGAAAAUGAAAUGAUUGCAUGGUUGCAAGCGAUACGGCACACUAAAUUCACAAGGCAGUAUUCGGUGGAAGAAGUCCUUUUGCAGGUACAAAAAUGGGAUAGCUAUUUCAAAAACGCAAUAUCUUUGUAUUACACAUUCAUAUGUAAUGCUCUUCUUGGCAUUGGUGUUGGUGGGGUUCCACCGAACAAGGAACUCUUGGAAAGUGCAGGUGAAUUAGUCUGCAAUUUGCGAAAGAAACACAUGACGGUGAUCAAAUCCUCAACUCCUCGUGAAUGGCUUGGAAAAACAAACCAGGGUUUCAGAACGCUGGUAUCAGCUGAUCCAAGGAUGGGGAUCCCCAUAGGAACCCGCUUUCCGACCUCAGCCGUUCUUGCUCUUUGUGUGGGUAUCAUUGCAAAGCCAAAGUCAGCGAGCGAAACAACAACAAAUGCAGUGAUUAUAUUAACUGUACACACAAAGCGUGGACAAUUCGAUGUUCACGUCAGAUUUGAACCAAAAGCAGCCAAACUUCAAGUUAGUACCUGUUGUGGAAUGAAGGUUGAAUUUAAUUUGGCCUUCACGAUUAAGAAUGGAUACGAAGCUUACAACGUGAAACUUCUAAGGAGGUACGCAUGUCCAGGAUGUGGAACGCGAAUUGGUUUUACAAGCGAACAGAUAUGUCUGCGAUGCUUCAAAUGCAAUGUUGAUGUUUUCAAAGAUGAUUUCAACAUGGAUAGAUAGAUUUAAGACACGAUAAGCUGUGGAGUUAGAUGUAAGAUAUGAUAACAUACUUUCAAAGAUUAACAAACCAUUUCAGUAUAGUAAAGACGGCUUACAAUUUUUGGUGAAGUCUAGUGUUUUGAAAUUCAACUCUUACAAUUUAAAAUCGAUUUACAAUUUAAAAAGAUACCAGAUUUAAGCCCAUUUAAAAGAAUAGCUCUUGAAAUAAUGAAGUGAUAUAUUCGACCAAAACCAUUGUAAUGAAUUAGAGUAGAAAAUCCGCCAAUCUGCUGCUUAUACUUAGCGCCGUUUCAUCAAGAUACCUAUGAGUAAUCAUGUAGCUAGAAAGGUUUUAAAAACAAUGUAGUUAUGCUGUUCAAAAAUAAAUAUGACCUAUAAACACAAUUGCUCCCGUAGGAAUCUUGAUGAUAUAGCCUCAAGGUGUACAUGUUUUGAAUUUUCAUGUAUGUACGUAUAUGUGAUUUUGAUAUGGUUUUAUAUUAAGAGUAAUAGUAUAAAUGUGUUAAAUGCUUGCAUGUUUGAUUAAUUCGUUAUUUUCCUCACUAUUGUGGGAAUGUAUAAGAUAGAAACUGAUCUCUUGUAUGUACGGAAAUAGUGUGAGAUAUUUCAGGGGUGGUAUUCAAUAUGCAACUUAUGUCAAUCUUAUGGGCAUACAUCAUUGACUCUAUUCACUGUAUAGGUCCGUUAUUUAUUACGAGCAAUCCGAUUAGCUACAUCGUUCUUAGGUCCAAUAAGACGAGUAAUGAACACAACCCCAGAUAUCUAUAAUUUAUUACGUUUUUUUUAAUUUUAUUUGUAAAUAAGAUAUAUGACAUGAACACUCAUAGUGUGUGAUAUUUGAGAUAUGUAUAAUGUAAUAUUUUUUAGUUUAAUUUGUGAAUAAAAAGAAAUAAAGUGGU